AUGGAGGAGCCACUACUGGACACAGCUGCUGGCUCUGAUCAGUUGAGCACUAAACCUCAUGAUCUGUAUGAAGGUGUGAACGAAGACUAUGCGCCGGUGAGGAGCGUCGAUGCGUUGAGGCAUAUGUUUUGGAUCGAGACAGUGAAGCUCUGGAAAAUAGCAGGUCCCACAGUGAUCACUAUGUUGUGUAUGUAUGGGACUACCUCAGUUAUCAUUAUCUUUGUUGGUCAUCUCGGAGCUGUAGAGCUCUCAGCCGUCUCCAUUUCUCUCUCCGUCAUUACCACUUUCGCUUUUGGAUUCUUGCUUGGCAUGGGGAGUGCUCUGGAGACCCUGUGUGGGCAGGCAUUUGGAGCUGGGCAGAUUCAUAUGCUUGGGAUUUACAUGCAGCGCUCAUGGAUAAUCCUAUUUGUAACCACCCUCUGCAUCUUGCCAAUAUACAUCUUUGCCACACCCGUUUUAAAGUUGCUAGGCCAAGAAGAUGAAAUAGCCAAUCUAGCUGGAGAAUUUACAAUCCAAACAAUCCCCUCAUUGUUCUCACUUGCCAUUAUUUUUCCGUCUCAGAAGUUCCUUCAGGCUCAGAGAAAGGUUAAGGUUCUGGCAUGGAUUGCAGUUUUGGGUUUGAUCAUACAAAUUGGGAUGCUCUGUCUCUUCAUUUUGGUGUUUGGUUGGGGCACAUUGGGUGCGGCUGUUGCAUUUAACAUUGCAAGAUGGGGCAUGGCAAUUGCUCAAGUUGUGUAUAUAAUGGGUUGGUGCAGGGACGGCUGGACUGGGUUUUCAUGGUUGGCUUUCAAGGAGAUAUGGGCUUUUGUAAGACUUUCCCUUGCCUCUGCUGUCAUGCUCUGCCUUGAGGUUUGGUACUUCAUGAGCAUACUCAUUCUCACAGGCCAUCUUGACAAUGCAGUUAUAGCAGUUGGUUCCCUUUCUAUUUGCAUGAACAUCAACGGAUUUGAACUAAUGUUGUUCGUUGGAAUAAAUGCGGCAAUAAGUGUGCGUGUCUCCAAUGAGCUUGGAUCAGGACGACCAAGAGGAACCAAAUAUUCUGUCUAUGUGACAGUAUUUCAGUGUCUUCUAAUGGGGAUUUUUUUAAUGAUUGUGAUCUUGAUAACCAAAGACAGAUUUUCCGUAAUUUUUACAAGUGACAAGGAUCUGCAACAAGCGGUCGCUAAGCUAGCAUAUCUUCUUGGUAUAACUAUGUUGCUCAACAGCAUCCAGCCAAUAAUAUCAGGGGUUGCAAUUGGAGGUGGAUGGCAGGCACUGGUAGCUUAUAUAAACUUGGGUUCUUACUACAUUUUUGGACUUCCUCUUGGAUAUCUUCUUGGUUAUACUGCAAAUCUGGGUGUGAUGGGACUUUGGGGGGGCAUGAUAUGUGGAACUGCUCUCCAAACCUUGCUUCUGUUGAUUGUGCUCUACAAAACCAACUGGAACAAAGAGGUGGAGCAAGCAACAAAACGCGUGAGGAAGUGGGGUGGUCAAGACGUCACAGCUGAGAAUGGAGCUCAAAGCAAAGGCGAAGCGGAGGCAGCUGAUGAUGACUAUGCGGCAGUGAGGAGCUUUGAGGAGGCCAUGUGGGUCUCUUGGAAGGAGGCAGCGAUGCUCUGGAGAAUUGCAGCUCCGGUGGCGUUUACAACUCUGUUUCAGUACCUGGUUCUGUCUGUCACCACCGUCUUUGUGGGUCAUCUCGGAGAUCUUGAGCUCUCUGCUAUUUCCCUUUCUGUCACUGUCAUCUCUGGCAUCCCUUUUGGUUUACUGCAAGGUAUGGCAACUGCACUGGGAACGCUUUGUGGUCAAGCAUAUGGUGCAGGCCAAGUUGGGUCACUUGGAAUCUAUAUGCAGCGGUCAUGGAUUGUCCUAUUGAUCACCUGUAUCAUCCUUUCACCGGUUUAUAUUUUUGCUGCUCCAAUACUGGAGAUUUUAGGCCAAGAAAGUGAUAUAGCUGAUCUUGCUGGAAAAUAUAGUGUAAAGAUAAUUCCUCAGUUGUUCUCCUCUGCCAUCUUUUUUCCCACUCAGAGGUUCCUUCAGGCUCAGAGCAAGGUUAGUGCAAUGGCAUUGAUUGCUUUUGUGGCGCUGAUCGUACAAACUGGACUGCUUCAUCUUUUCAUCAAUGUGUUUGGCUGGGGAACCACUGGUGCAGCUGUGGCUUAUGACAUCACACACUGGGGAAUUACAGUUGGUCAAUUUGUGUAUAUUAUGGUUUGGUGCAACGAGGAGUGGACAGGAUUUUCAUGGCUGGCAUUUAAGGACAUUUGGGCUUUUGCCAAGCUAUCCCUUGCCUCAUGCAUGAUGUUUUGCCUAGACUCAUGGUAUACCAUGACCAUAAACAUUCUCGCAGGUUUACUUGAAAAUGCAGUGAUUGCUGUUGGUUCCUUUUCGAUAUGCAUGAACUUUCAGAAUUGGGAGAUCAUGUUGUUGGUUGGACUAAAUGCUGCUAUAAGCACUCGAGUCUCCAAUGAACUUGGAAUGGGGCGCCCAAGAGCGGCCAAAUAUGCUGUCUGUACUGCAGUCUUGCAAUCUCUCAUAGUUGGAAUUUUAUCUUUGAUUGCUGUCUUCAUAAGUAGAGACUACUUUGCCAUGGUUUUCACAAACAGUGAAGAUAUGCAACGUGCCGUUGCUCGUUUAGCAUACUUUCUUGGUGUAACCAUGCUUCUUAAUAGCGCAACAGUAGUGUUAUCUGGUAUAUCUCUUUCAGCGUUGCUUGCUUCUCCUCACUUCACUAGUUCUGCUCAUGCAAUGUUCCACUGUGUUGCUGUUGGAGGUGGAUGGCAAGUGAUGGUUGCUUACAUAAACUUUGCUUGUUAUUAUCUAUUUGGGCUCCCACUUGCAAUCUUUCUUGGAUUUAAAGCAAAUCUGGGUGCUCUGGGACUUUGGGGUGGCAUGAUGAGUGGAAGUGCGCUUCAGAUCUUAUUCUUAUUGAUUGUGACUUCCAGAACCAACUGGGACAGAGAGGUGGAGCAAACAACAAAGCGCAUCAACAACUGGGGAAGCCAAUAA